GGUCAGAGCAGCAGCAAUACAAGGGUUCCUUGAUGCUCCCCUUAACAGCCACAACACCACAAACAAGAGUAAUAGAUUUUGAGUAAAACAAGGUCACACCACUGGGUGUCAUCAGUCUCCACAGACAUCCUUGCUCACUGAAGGGUGUGGGUGACUUGAGUUCCAGAGAGGCUUUGAAUAACACAGAGGGGAGAAAUAAAAGGAAUAAGCCCCACAAGCCUUCAGUCAUCCUGCUGAAAAGAGGAGACACGGGAUUAACCAUGCCUGAGCCAGUACCUGAAGCACCACCAGCAGAAACGGCCCCAGAAGAGCCAGCUGAAGUGGGUGAAGUGGGUGAGGGACAACAAGAUGCACCCCCAGCAGAUGGAGCUGAGGCAAAUGCUGCAGCACAGAGUACGGAACCUGGGGCUACUCAGCUUGAGGGGCUUUUUGUUGAAAAGCCACCCAGCAGUGUAGUCGCUGUUGCAGGAAUGGACGUGACGUUCACAGCCAAAGUAGACUCCAGCACUCUGACAAGAAAGCCUGUCAUGAAAUGGCUGAAGGGCAAGUGGCUGGAUCUUGGGAGCAAGGCUGGGAAACAUUUGCAGUUCAAAGAAACAUAUGACAGAAAUACCAAGAUCUAUACUUAUGAAAUGAAGAUCAUCAAAGUGGUCCCUGGAGAUGCUGGGGGCUACAGGUGUGAGGUAUCAGCCAAGGACAAGUGUGACAGCUCCACCUUUGAGAUCACUGUGGAGGCUGCACAAAAAGAUGCACAAGAAGAUAUUUUGUCGGCUUUCAAAAGAGCGGAUGCUGGGGAGGAUGAUGGAGAUCUGGAUUUCAGUGCUCUGCUCAAAGCUACAAAGAAGAAGAAGAAAGCUCAAAAAGAGGAACCAGAGAUAGAUGUAUGGGAAUUGCUCAAAAGUGCCCACCCAAGCGAAUAUGAGAAAAUCGCCUUUACAUAUGGCAUCACUGACCUGAGGGGCAUGUUGAAGCGCCUGAAAAAGAUGAAAGAAGUGUCCAAGCCUAGCGAGGCUUUCCUGAAGAGACUUGAGUCUUGCUACUCAGUUGAAAAAGGAAAGAAAAUUGUGAUGUCAUGUGAGGUGCUUGAUCCCAAUGCCCAGGUCAAAUGGUUGAAGAAUGGCCAGGAGAUCAAACCCUCAGCCAAGUAUGUCAUGGAGUCGAAUGGAAACAUCAGAACUCUGACCAUCAAUAAAUCAAACCUGUCUGAUGAUGCUGCAUAUGAGUGUGUGGUUGGUGACGACAAGUGCUCCACAGAAGUCUAUGUCAAAGAGCCUCCAGUGACCAUCACCAAGCUUAUGGAUGACUACCACGUGGUCGUGGGAGAAAGAGUGGAGUUUGAGAUUGAGGUGUCUGAGGAAGGUGCCCAUGUCAUGUGGUACUUUGAGGAUCAAGAGAUUCUUAAAGACAAAGACUCCACAAAGUAUCGCUUUAAGAAGGACGGAAAGAAGCACACUCUUAUCAUCCUGGAGUCUACACUGGAUGAUGUUGGAAUGUACCAUGCAUGGACAAAUGGGGGACAUACCAAGGGAGAGCUGGAGGUGGAAGAAAAAGAACUGGAGGUGUUGCAGGACAUUGCUGACCUGACCGUCAGGGCGACAGACCAGGCCAUGUUCAAAUGUGAAGUGUCUGAUGACAAGGUCACAGGAAAGUGGUUCAAAGAUGGAGUGGAGGUCUUGCCAAGUGACCGCAUAAAAAUGACUCACAUUGGAAGGUUUCACAGGCUGAUUAUUGAUGAUGUGAAGCCAGAGGAUGCUGGAGACUACACGUUUGUUCCUGAUGGCUACGCUCUAUCACUCUCUGCAAAGUUGAACUUCUUGGAAAUCAAAAUCGACUAUGUGCCCAGACAAGAUCCUCCAAAGAUCCACUUGGACACCACUGGAAACAUGGUCUCCCAAAACACUAUCAUAGUGGUGGCAGGAAACAAGCUUCGCCUGGAUGUGGAGAUCACUGGAGAGCCAGCACCCACUGUCGUUUGGUCGAAAGGAGAUCAGCCAGUCACAAGCACAGAAGGCCGUGUCAGAGUGGAGGCCAGGAAAGAUCUCAGCUGCUUCGUCAUUGAGGGGGCAGAGAGAGAUGAUGAGGGUAACUACACCAUCUGUGUUACCAACCCAGCUGGAGAAGACAAAGCUAUGCUGUUUGUGAAGAUCGUGGGUUAUCUCAUGGAGAGAAAGAAGAAAGGCUCCAGCAGAUGGACAAAGCUCAACUUCGACGUAUACGAAUCAACAACAUAUGAAGCGAAGAGGAUGAUUGAGGGAGUUCUCUAUGAGAUGAGGGUGUUCGCAAUUAACAGCAUCGGCAUGUCUCAGCCCAGUAUGAAUUCCAAACCCUUCAUGCCAAUUGCGCCAACUAGCGAGCCAAUGCGUUUGACAGUCAAUGACGUGACAGACAGCACAUGCAGCUUGAGGUGGCUUGCCCCAGAGAAGAUUGGAGCUGGAGGCCUGGAUGGCUAUGUUAUUGAAUAUUGCAAGGAGGGAGACACUGAGUGGGUGGCAGCAAACCAGCAGCUUUGGGAGAAGCAGGGAUAUGUGGUGCGUGGCCUUCCCGUGGGAGAAAAGAUCAACUUCAGGGUGGUGGCUGUAAACGUUGCGGGUCGCAGUCCACCUGCUAUUCUGUCACAGCCCGUCACUAUCCGUGAGAUCGUUGAAUAUCCAAAGAUCCGCCUUCCCCGUGAGCUGAGAACAAAGUAUAUCAGGAAAGUAGGAGAAAAGAUCAACUUGACCAUCCCCUUCCAGGGUAAGCCACGCCCUGUUGCAACCUGGUUCAAGGAUGGUCAACCAAUUGACCCUAAGAUGGUCAAUAUUCGGAAUUCAAAUGUAGACAGCAUCCUCUUCAUUCGCUCAGCGGAGAGAGAGCACUCUGGAACAUAUGAACUGGUUCUACAGAUUGAGAACAUGGAAGAUAGAGCCUCUGUUCAAAUCAGGAUUAUUGGUAAAGACUUUUGUGACUCAUUUCAGAAGAAAAUCAUCAGACAAGAAGCACUGAUGGCCAAAUGUACUAAAAGAUGUUUGAUCCAAACAGAGAAGCCUGGACCCCCUCAGAAUGUGAAGGUGUCAGAUGUCUGGGGUUUCAACGCAGCGUUGGAGUGGGAGCCCCCCAAAGAUGAUGGCAACUGUGAAAUUAGUGGAUACACCGUCCAGAAAGCAGACCUGAAAACCAAGGAAUGGUUCACCGUUUAUGAGCAUAACAGACGGACAAACUGCACAGUUUCAGAUCUGAUCAUGGGAAACGAAUAUAUGUUCCGCGUCUACAGUGAAAACCUUUGUGGCUUGAGCGAGGAGCCACGCCAAAGCAAGAACACAGCCGUCAUUGCUAAGACAGAUCUGGAGCGCAAAGUAAACACCUAUAAGGAGAAAGACAUGACCUGUCCACCCAAGUUCACUCAGCCCCUGGUGGACAGAUCUGUGGUAGCCGGUUACAGCACUGCCAUCAGCUGUUCUGUGAAAGGCUUCCCCAAGCCUAAGAUUGUAUGGAAGAAGAACAAAAUGAUCCUUGGUGAAGAUCCCAAGUUCUUGAUGCAGAACAACCAAGGAGUGUUGACACUGAACAUUCGGAAGCCAAGCACCUUUGACGGCGGCAAAUACUCUUGCAUGGCUGUCAAUGCGCUGGGUCAGGAUGAAGUGGAGUGCAAGCUGGAUGUCCGAGUUGCCACAGACGUGGAGAAGAAAUGAGAAACUGAACAGCAGAGAAUGUGAAGUAAUUUGAACCAAACAGUGAAUGACGAGUGAAUGUCUCAAAGAAUGGUAUACAUUAUAAAGAGUGAACCAAAUAAAAUUUAUUAAUGCCUGAUACA